CAGCCGGCACCUGGGGGCACAGAGGAGAUGCCUGCUGCCAUGGGAGGCUGKGCCCCACUGUGCAUAGCCUUGCUGCUCUUCUCUCUGGCUGGCACGCUAACAGGCAAUCGAAAAUCUAUUCUGACCUUGAACCCCCCAUGGAAUAGAAUUUUUAGAGGAGAGAAUGUGACUCUCGAAUGUAAAGGGAMUAAUUUCACCGAGGACAGCCACACUGUGUGGACCCAUAAUGGCACCGUUUCAGAAGUGACAACUUCAAAAUGGAGCAUCGUGGAUGCCACCUAUCAACACAGUGGGAUAUACACAUGUCGUGGCCGAAAUUUUUACAAGAGUAAACCUGUGUACUUGGAAGUGAUCAGUGACUGGAUGCUCCUCCAGGCCUCUGCUGAAGAGGUGUUGGAAGGGGAGUCGCUCUUCCUCAGGUGCCACGGUUGGAGAAACUGGAAGAUCAGAAAGGUGAUCUACUACAAGGAUGACCUGGCUCUCAAGUACUCCUACGAGAACCAAGUGUUCUCCAUUACAAAUGCCUCACUCAACGACAGUGGCAUCUAUCUCUGUAAGGGCCGACUUCAGCAGCUGCCCUGUGUCUCUGAGCCCCUUCGAAUUACAGUAAUAACAGCAUACCGAACCAAGUAUAUGUGGCUGCAAAUUAUUGUCCCCUUGUUGGUGGCGAUGCUGUUUGCUGUGGACACAGGACUGUUUUUCUUGACGGAGCAGCAGUUUAAAUCUCUCUUGAAGAUUAAGGAAACUGAAAAAGUCAACAAACCUAGGAAGUCGCUUCCUAAGCCAGAUCCUGAAAAGAGCUGAUGUCAUUUCUUAAGGGAGAAUUGGCAACAGCAAUAUUUUACUGCACCAGCAAUUGCUUCUCCAUUGUCAGACACAACUCAGGAUGUACAUAGAAGCCUAUGUUUGAGGAUUUGCAGAAUUAUCUCAUUAAACCAACUGUACCUGGUUAAGUGGCA